AUGUGGCGUAAGGUGAAGACCCUUCCGCAGUUAACGAAGAUUCGAGGCGAGCAACCAACCCAUGACACUCAACGAGGCUCAACUGAAGCAUAUCUAAGCGAACAGGUACUUGCACGAGUGUAUAUCAAUAUACCGGACGAGCCUACAGUCACGAAUGUGGAACGAAUUCUGAUUGAUAAAUUCGGACCUGCGACCCACAUGUUCCAUUCGGAACUUGUGACAGAUCCACGCCACCAAACGCGCGGCAUGAACCUAGAAAACAUGGGAGCGGCGCGGCACCGUUUAGUCGUGCUCAAUGAGAUACCACAAUACGUUACAACAAUAACUAUCUAUCAGAUGAAUUCUUUACUACAUUGCGAAGGACCCAAGGCAUGUCCCUGGUACUUCAGAUCAGUUUGCUUGACGCGGCAACGGUGGCAAAUGACUCCAGACAGUCUAUGGGUUUUCUCGGCCACCGAUGCUUUAGGUACCGCCUCAGCGAACGGCCCGACAGCCACCGGGGCACCCGAAAGGGCGAGCAAUGGAGGAACGCAUAAGGUGCUGGAAGCCAACAAGGAGAUUCAGGACGAAAACGACGGGAAUAGCCAGGGAAAUCAAGCCGACGAUCAAGGCGAACACGGAGACGAUGAAUCGGUACAACCUCGCAGGGAGACGUUUGAGGAAUAA